AUGAAGUUCUCAAUCAUCUUUUUGGCUGCUGCCACGAUUGUCUCUGCGGCUGAGUUUCCAGGUCAGCCUGCUUGUGCGAGUCCCUGCAUCACUCAAGCCAUCAGCCAAGGCACCAAUUGUGACAUUGAAGACCUAGCUUGCCAAUGUCAACCCUCCAAUUUGGCCGGCAUCUUCACCGCUAUAGUUCCCUGUAUCCUAGGCUCAUGCACUGCUCCCGGAGAGUUACAACAAGCUCAAGCUGCGCCAAAUCAAUGUGACAAUCUAGGAUCCGCUACCGCUACUACCAGUACCGAAUCAUCUACUUCAGAAACAUCUUCGGCUUCUCCCGGUUCAUCUACUACUUCGGGUCCAGCCUCGACUACUGCUUCCGAUACCAGAACUACUGGCCCAACUACCACUUCUGGACCUACUAAUGGGACAUUCACAACAGGCCAACCGACUGCCACUAGUAAAGUUGGAGAGGUCACACAGAAUGCUGCGCAUUCUGUCGGAUUGGCAGGUGUUGGUGGUAUGGUUGGUCUUGUUGCGGCUGUAGUUGCUGCUUUGUAG